AUGGUCUCAACUCAGUCGAAGCCAAGAGGUGCCGGCAGUGUGCCCAUCAUCUACAACAACGCACCUCUGGAGCUUUGUAAGGACUGCGGGGGUUCUGGUGGAUACAUAAAGCGCGACGGAUCAUGUCCAUUGACUCAAAUCGACUUACCGUCAAGCACUGAAGCCUUGCCCGCCUCAAUCGCGGCAGCUAUCAUGGCCGGAGAUGGAGGCCGGCUUGGGGGAACCGCCGCUGGAAUGUCCCCGACACCCGCAGCAGCUAUUGGAGGGAUCAUAGGAGGAGUUUCAGCAGGUGUAGCGGCAGCCCAUGCCUCGUCAACGCUUAUCGCUUCGCCUUCGACAAGCGCCGCAACGACAGUGUCAUGCUCCCACGCCGCAGAUCCCCACAAUACAUGUGCAUCCAUCGCCAGUGGCCCUGGCUGGUGUGUGUGCGGAGAGAGCCCCAACUCGUACGCCGUACGAACUAGUACGGAUCUCGCGUGUGGGUGGACCACUCCACCACCAACGGCAUCGUUCGACUGCUCUGCUGCCACGACCACGUCAAAACCCGCAACGCCACCAGCCACAGCGAAUCCAGCUCCUUCGACACCACCACCGUCAUCUCCUAACGCCGGUAUCGCCAUCGAGCUGCAACUUUACUCCGGCCCAGCGGCGCAGAAGUCGCCACAUGGUUUGCCUACGCUUACAAACCGGGAGACGCGAGCCUAG